GUGCGCGGGGAGGGGGGUCCUGGUCCUUGGCUCCUCGACUUGGUCGCGUCUCGAUAGCGAACAUGUCUCGGCCUGUCAGAAAUAGGAAGGUCGUUGACUACUCACAGUUUCAGGAAUCAGAUGAUACAGAUGAAGAUUAUGGAAGAGAUUCAGGCCCUCCUGCUAAGAAGAUUCGGUCAUCUCCCCGAGAUGCUAAAAAUAAGAGGCGAUCUGGAAAAAAUUCACAGGAAGACAGUGAAGACUCAGAAGAAAAAGAUAUGAAGACCAAGAAGGAUGAUUCUCACUCAGCAGAAGACAGUGAAGAUGAAAAAGAUGAUCAUAAAAAUGUACGCCAGCAACGGCAGGCAGCAUCUAAAGCACCUUCUAAGCAGAGAGAGAUGCUCUUGGAAGAUGUUGGCAGUGAGGAAGAGCCAGAAGAAGAUGAUGAGGCGCCAUUCCAGGAGAAAGAUUCUGGCAGCGAUGAAGAUUUCCUAAUGGAAGACAACGAUGAUAGUGAUUAUGGCAGUUCAAAAAAGAAAAACAAAAAGAUGGUUAAGAAGUCCAAACCUGAGAGAAAAGAAAAGAAAAUGCCCAAACCCAGACUAAAGGCUACAGUGACACCGAGUCCAGUGAAAGGCAAAGGGAAAGUGGGUCGCCCCACAGCAUCAAAGACAUCGAAGGAGAAAACUCCUUCUCCCAAAGAAGAGGAUGAGGAAGCAGAAAGCCCUCCAGAAAAGAAGAAGUCUGCGAGCCCCCCACUCGAGAAGUCUGGGGACGAAGGCUCUAAAGAUGAAGCCGCUUCCGGGGAAGAUUAAAAGUGAUAUUUGGGGAGAGGUUUUAUCAGAAACAGAAAAGGAAACCUCCGUAGGACAUGGUUUGGGCUGUGGCUCGACUCCUGGGCUUUCAGUGCUAUUUCAUUUGUCUAGAAUAAUGUUUUCCUCUCUAUCAUCUAUCUCUUCUCUCUCAAACCCAUUGUAUGCUUACGUGUUUAAGUUGCCAUUUUGUCUCAGUCUUUUCUUUGCCAAUCCCCUCCCCCUAUAAAAGCCAUGUCAAUUAAUCACUGGAUUGUGUUUUUAAUGGAGGGAAGGAAUGCCAUGGCUGCAAAGCAAUAAGAUUUGAGGUGGACGCUAUGGAAACUGCUUUUUGCUAAAGAACAGCAUCUUGAACAAUAAUCAAAAACAAAAAAACUAAAAAGGUUUUAAUUAAAUAAUUGUUCUUUCUUUUCCUGUACUUUUGACAGACAAGUUGUUAUUUAACAUGAGCUUAUAUGUUUAAACUGUAAAUGUCAAAAAGAAUCAUGACUCUUAAAUUUGUACUAGUGACAUGGCAGUCGGGAGGCGAACAUGAAUUCUGGAUUGUUAACUCAGUACUCAGAUUAUUUCCUUGGGUGUGGAGGGAAUGGUGUUCCUGGAACUUAGUAUAUUUGUUA